AUGGCUUUCUCUUUGGGGCCCUUGGGAGGGCUGUUUUCUGUCUCAGCCCUCCUGUGGUCACCAGCAAUCCUUGUCACGUACUGGAUCUGUUGGAUUGUGUAUGCACGCCAUUUCCAUCCUCUGCGAAAAAUCCCGGGACCAUGGCUUGCAUCUAUUAGCAGGCUUUGGUACAUGCAGCAGAUAGCUCGAGGAGACAUGGAACACACUCAGAGACGCCUGCACCAACAAUACGGGCCUCUCAUCAGGAUCGCGCCAAAUGAAGUGGCUUGCGCAUCGCCCGAGGCCAUCAAACGUAUCUAUCGAAACCAAGGCGGUUUUGACAAGACUGAUUUUUAUACUGUCUGGAACAGUCAGAACUACAGCAAACACCCAGACAUGUUUACUGCCAUCAGCGAUAAGCAACAUGGGGAGAGACGACGCAUCUUCAACCACGUCUACACAUUAUCAAAUGUGUUGAAGUCGGAAGAAUACAUUGACAAAUGUUCCGAACUGUUCCUGGAACGAAUAGCCGAGUAUCAAGAUGGAACCAAGCCAUUCGACCUGGGGAAAUGGCUGCAAAUGUACGCUUUCGACGUCAUUGGCGAGCUCUAUUUCGGACGGAUGUUCGGCUUCCUGGAGACGGGCGCGGAUCACGGCUCGUGGAUAGAGUCGCUCGACUUGCUCAUGCCUUUCUUGUGCAUGACGGCUGUGGCUCCUACUUACCUGCGGACUCUGAUCCUCAUGUCGGCGCUCGUGGUUCCAGGUUCCCUCAAAGCACUCAAGGCUAUCGACAACAUCGGCGUUGCGGCCAGGAAGUGCGUAGCCGAACGAUUUGACAACGCUAGCAAGGACGAGGGACAGCACAGGACAGACAUAGUUGAGCAGUUGCACGAGAUCCAGCUUGAAAAAGGUGAGAAGGUCGAUUUCCGGAUCGGAGACAUUCAGCAGGAAGCUUAUGUCGCGUUGUUUGCGGGAUCUGACACAACAGCGAUUGCAUUCCGGUCUGUGUUUUAUCACCUCAUGAAAUAUCCAGCCGUGUAUGAGCAGCUGCUGCAAGAAAUCGAUACGGCUGCUGAGAAGGGCCAACUGAGCUCCCCCGUCAAGUACGCGGAAGCGGUCAAACUGCCGUUCCUGUGUGCCUGCAUCAAGGAGGCGCUACGUAUGCAUCCAGGCGUUGCAUUAACCAUGGCACGAAAGGCACCUGCCGAAGGUAUCGAGCUCUGUGGGACAUAUAUUCCCGCCGGUUAUCGUGUUGGCAUGAAUGGGGCCGUGAUUCACUUUGACAAGUCAAUCUUUGGACCUGAUGCCGACGAGUACCGUCCCAGUCGAUGGCUGGAGGGAGAUACGUCGACGAUGGAAAAGUGCAUGUUGCACUUCGGCGCAGGGACCCGGACAUGCAUUGGCAAAAACAUCUCGCUGGCCGAGCUUCACAAGCUGAUUCCGUACCUGCUCCGAAAGUUCAAGGUCGAAAUGUGGGAGAAGGACAAGACAUGGACGACCAGGAACUUGUGGUUCAACAAGCAGGAGGGUCUUGAAGUACGUGUGACAGCACGCCGAUCCAAGUAG